GGCUCUAAGCAACCAAUCAGCCUCCAUGGACAGAGAGCAACAACGAGUGAUCUUCACUCAUUACAUCUAUCCAUUCCUUUCAAGAAAUGACUCAUCAGAUCCCGGCUGUGUCUCAAACACCAGUGGAAGCAUGGACUGGCUCCAGAGGAACUUUGGCAUCUUUUCUGUUUUUGCAGAACUGCAGGAGUUACAAGUCCUUAAUCCCCACUUCUCCAGCAAGGAAUCACUGUCGCUGCUUACCCCAACCCAGGUGGCACAAUUGACAUUGACCUCUGGGGCAUUGAAUGACACAGAUGACAUUAAACUUGUGUUUACGCGGCUGGAGGAAGGAGACGCUUUCAAAAAUGUUGACGAGUUUCUGACGCAACUGACCGCAAAGGAAGAGAUUCCUGACAUCCAUCCAGCCGUGAGAGAUGUGAUGAUGAAUCAGACGUUCAACAUCAUCAGCCUUCAAUUCCCAGAGUUCGAAACGCUGGACUGGAUUGCAUGGUUCGAAGUAAAGCUGAUUCCCAUCCUCCCCAGUUUUAAUGAAGUCAUGCUCACCAUUGCUACCUCAAACGUCAACUGCACCAACUACCAAGUCAUUGUAAAUGGAAUGGACAGAGCUUUCCCUGAAAUGACUCAGGAUAGAAGAGAAGGAAUCGCAAGAGUCUUGCUGGAAUACCUGAGGAGAUCUGUUCACCUCAUCAAUGGACCAGCUUGCAGGCAGAAAAUCCACAAUGAUGCUGACUGGCUUGCAACCAACCUGGGGCCAUUCUCCGAAUACACAACCUAUUCUGAUCUCAAAGUCUUCAACAUAUCAGGGGUGGCAGUUCUAGACUCCCUCUCACCAAACCAGAAAGCCGAGCUGAUACUGGACCCCACAAACCUGGCAAAUGAAUCUCUUGUGCAAGAGGUUUUCCUAGGGGUUCUGGGAUCUUCAGGUGUAGCGGAGAUUGGUCAAUUUUUCCAAUCAUUUGUGGAGGUUGCUUCAAAGAGAAACCUGACAGCUAUUGAGCCAGGACUGCGAGACACCCUCUUAAACCUGACACUGACGGCACUCGCCCCCAAUUUGCAGACACUAGAUACUCUGGGAUUCAAGCUUUGGUUCCAGGUCUAUCUCCCAUUAUUCCUCCCAAGCAUUCAUCCUGGGACCUUUUCCGUCAUCCCAAGGAAUAUCAGCUGUGACUCCUAUAGUGCAAUCAUCAAGGGCUGUGAUCAUGUCAUCACUAGGUUGUCGCUGAUCCAGUCCCAGCAAGUCUUCGCUUUCACCAAGGAUUAUUUGACAGGCCAAUCCAUUGAAGGAUUUUCCUGUGUGAAGACUGUGAGAGAUGACAGGGAUUGGCUCGGAAGCAACUUUGGACAAUUCCGGGUCUAUGCUUCCUAUGUGGACUUUGUGACCCUGAAGAGUGAUUUCAAUGGAGUGAAAGCAGCAGAUCUCCUCACUCCCAUCCAGCUGGCUCAGCUCGCGACGAUUCCCUCCCAACUUGAAGGGCCACAGGGUGUCAACAAGAUCAUGGCGGCCAUCAGUCCGGCUAACUUUGGAUUGUUCUUUGACAUACUCUCACCUGCCAUUCAGAAACACAUGAAGAACUACACGGAAGAGGUGAAAUCAGCUUUCCUCCAGGUGGUGCUGGACAGCGGGAACCUGUCCUCCACCACCAUCAACGACACACAAUUCCUCGUUUGGCUCAGGGUUCGGCUGAACCCCCUCUUGUUGAACCUCUCAUCCAAUCAAGUGACACCACUCUUCCGCAUCAUGAAGGAUAGGGGCUGCAACAGCAGCCAAGAAGCAAUCUCAUUAUUAGACACUCUGCGGUCUACACUGACUAAAGACACACAGAGGGAAAUCUACAGCAAUACCUUACUACUCCUGAAAGAGCCAACGCCGCUGCGAUGCUAUGUAAACGGGAGCUUCUACUGGUUCUUGAGAAGCACGUUCCUUGGCUUUGGAUUCCCCGACCUGUCAAUGCUUUUCACGCUCAUGCCAGACACACGGCAACCUGAGCUCCUGAAUUCCAUAACCUCCUCUGAGCUGAGUCAGUUCCUCAGUCAACCUGAUGUGGUUGGCAACGGCUCCAACAUAUGUGCUGUCUUCAACAACUACGCCAAGACGCCUGUCUUCCUGGAAACAGAGGAUGUCCCUGAUGCUGUGAAGCAGCUGACCCUCCCCUGCGUCUGGUCUUUAGCGCUGAACAGCGGCAAUAGGUCAGAGGUGAAUGCCUGGUUUGACCUCAGACUGAAGAACUACUUGAGGUUCCUUACCAGGAGCCUCGUCAGCUCAUCUAAAGUGCAAAACGCCAGCUGUCUCGCGUUCCAGAAACUAGUCUCAGUCCUUGGAAGCGAUUUCAGCUACAACAGCUCUGACUUUGCACAGAGUGAUGUGUACAUCACCAUUAAGUCCUACCUGGGCACAGGUGGACCGAGAUGCUACAGCGCAAACGACCCCGAGCUGAACUCUACCGCCUGGUUUGAGAACUACAUUGGUGUUUUUGUGACCUACCUCUCUCUGGAGGACCUCAACACCUUUGUUACCGCGAGUCAGAUCAAUGUAUUCUUGGAGAACCAGGCCAAUAUCAAGCUCUUCAACAACACGGCUAUACCUGCUAAUGUCACUUCCUACUACAUCACACAGCUAUACACACUGAACCCCACGUUCAACCCUCUGCAACUGCCUGGCUUCUUCCUGUGUGAGGUCCCAAGUACGGCCUAUAACUCCCUGGGCCAGACAGCCAGUAUGGAAAUCCUGGACCGUCUGCAGCUGUUCUGCAAUGGAACUAAAGACCCUCAGGUAUCUGCUGCACUGGUGGCUAAUUUCCACACUAUCACGGAGAGCACCCUAGCAGCCAUUGGGAACAGCAGCAGUGGCCUGACGACCACCCAGAUAUCCUCCAUCUCUUCCUCGGCACUCGUGUCGUCCCUGGCCACACUCGGCUCCGUGAGCGGCUGGAACCUGGGCCAGGCCAGUGCAGUCGUCCAGAGCAUCAUUACCGGAAGCUUCCCGAUCGACACUGCCUCCUCGUUGAUGUCGUUGGGCACACUCGUUGCGGGCGUUCCGUCAGCGGCGAUAGCGAGCAUCCCAGCCACUGAGCUGUUGACAGCAUCCCAGAGCUCUGUGUUUAUCACCAACAUGCUGGCUGCCCCACAGAUUGUACAGGAAACCUACGUCAAUAAGAUAAUCACCAUCAACCAAAGCCCCAACGCGUUGGUUGUGAACGUACCUGAUGCCAUGGCCACACUGAUCCCCAGGGCUCUCCUGACCUUCUCUCAGGAACCUGUGGACGUACAGGCUAUUAACAGAAAGACAUGGAAGCAAGAACAGGCUGUUAUAUUCUUCGGGGACGUAGCGAGCAACGCAAGCAUCGACUCGGAGGAGCUCUCUCCAUCCGUGUUGCAAGGGUUCACAUGUACAUCAGCACGGUCCAUGACGAUCAAAACGGUGCACAGACUGGUUCAUGCCUGCAGACCGAGGAUCCUUAGGGAGAAAGUGGCGUUGAAAGAAACACAGUUGACCUGCAUGUACAAUUUACUGAAAGAUAACCUUGACCAGAGUUUUACAGACUAUCCCUCAGACAUGCUACUAUAUUACAACUAUGCAAAGGUUGAAAAAAGCAAUUGCAGGUCCUACUUCCACGCGGCAGGUUCUGCAGACUUCUCUGUCCUCUCCAGCGUGCUGAACAAGGAUGAAAUGCUACUGGACAAUGCAAAAAGCUGCUUGGGAAUUAGUGAAGUGAGUCUUAGCAAAAACCACGUGGAGGUGCUGGGAAACAUGGUGUGCACUAUGACCGGCUCCUACAUCCUCAACUCUGACCCCUUCAUUCUGGAGAAACUGAAGAACUGCAAGGACUUCACCGAAGCUCAAGUCGCUGCCAUGGAAACGCUCCUCAUUUCAGGGACAACACAGUAUGGAAAAACAACUACAUGGAAUCAACAAACGUUGGAAAACCUUGAAACCCUGCCAGUGUAUCUGACCCAAAACUUCUGGAGCCUGUUCACAACAGAGGUAAAACGGAAGUUCCUCAAGUCCUUUAUGCCCCGGCUGAGGAAGCAGGAAACAGUGAAGAGGAAGCUGAAGACACUGUUCAAGCAGAUCAACUCAUUCAGCAGAUCCAAGCGGGGAGCAGGAUGCAUCACUGGCAACAUCACCCAGUCGGUCAUCGCAGACACCUCGUUCCCCUUUGGCUAUGACAUGACCCAGUUUGACCUCUGUCUGGACAUCAGCGUUCUGAAAGACAAUCUGGCCACUUUCACUAAACAAGUCGAUGACAACAACUUCCAGAGGAUCAUUUUAGUCAAACUAAACCAGGCUUAUCCAUCUGGAAUUGUUGACGAGCAGCUUAAGGUGCUGGGCUCUGUGUCACGUGUGGCCACUCUUGAUGACAUCACAAAGUGGAGCAUCACUAAAAUCGACACACUGUCAGCACUGAUGGCCUUUGGUGAUGGUCCAUGGGAAACAGAGAAGAGUAAAGCAAUCAUCACAACAUACUUGAACACGUCAGGUAACUCCUUGGGGAGCUCUGAGUUAAAUGCCGUUGGUGCUAAUCUGUGUUCUCUGGAUGUGAGCGUACUGAAGACCAUCACGUCAAGCAGUCUGAAAAAUGCCAAUUCCCUGGACGUGACCUCUUGCUCCACUGAACAGAAGAGGGCUGUAUACGACAUCAGCAAGAGCUCUUUUAGCUCCCAGCGUAUCUCUAAUCCAACAUAUUACCAACUCAUCAGCCCCUACCUAGGCGGUGCUCCCAUUGAAGACAUAAGGAGCCUUGCAGCUCAGAAUGUGAACAUGGACAUAACUACAUUCAAAGGUCUUGAGAGCACUGUAAUUCCCAGUCUGACCGUGAGCGAGGUGAAAGGACUUCUGGGUGCUAACGUGGAUGAUCUGAAGACAUUUGAGAACGACACGAUUGUUCAUGCGUGGUUAACCGCGCAGCCUCAAUCUGAUCUGGACUUGCUGCGGCUGGGUCUGACCGGAGGCAAAGAAACUUCCACUGCGGUGGUGCCGACAGCGGUGGUCCCCCUCAACACCACCAACACCACGCUGGCACACAACGCCAAGCCAUUACCGAUCACCACAACUCAGAAUGGUGUCGGUAAUGGAGGAGCACAUCCCGAGAAAGACCUGGGAGCCCUCUCUCUCUGUCUGGCACUGGUCACCGUCAUCCUGCAGAUGAUGUGAGACGAGAUGAUGAGACCAUAGUGUGGGCCAGAUGAUGUGAGACGAGAUGAUGAGACCACAGUGUGGGCCAAGCAUCUUCUAAAAUGAACAGUAACAACCUGUUUUACUUUUAGAAUUGUUGAAUCGUCUUGUACUACUUAUAACCAAGUUUACAAAUAUUUUAUUUAGUCAAUCACGUUUGAAUAAUUUAUUGUUUUUUGUCAUUCUGGUUAAGCAUCACUCUUGUACGUAAUUAUCACAAGUAUAUGUCUAUAUAUAUAUGUAUGUGUUCUUAUUUGAACAUUCCAUAAGAUUGCACAAUUACAUGUUUAUAUAUUUAAAUUAUAUUUUUGUCAGGAAUGUAAAAUUCAUAAAGUAUGUACACCUGUCCUUGUACUUAACCCACAAAUAUGACCUAUGUAAAGUUAGGGCUCUAUUCAAUCAGUAUCGCUGGCCAACAGAAAUAUAAAGGUAGAUUCUGAUUGAGCUAAAAAAAUAUGCAGUGUUUACCGCGAAUGCAGUCUCUGCUGACAUGGGAACGUUGCCUUUAAAUUUGAAUCACGCUGUAAUGGCGACCUUCCGUGAUACGAAUUAAAUAGAGCCCAUUAUUCAUAUUUUUUCUUCAAAUUAAUAAAAAUGCAAAUAUAC